UCAUUUGAAACCCCCACCCCCAUGGUCCCGGGAAAGUGUGGGAUUAACGUGGGGUAUAGGGCACUUUUGAACAAGAAUCUGUCCCGAGGGGGGUGGGGGGAUUGAAUUUUAUCGACUCUAAGCAUUGUCCCCACCCUGGGGGUUUGGGGACAAGUGAAUAGCCUCACAAAUGUACUUUGCAAAAGUCAGUUACUGGUUUGAGACUCUUUCUUUUGUAGCAAGCAAUCCCAUGUAUUAGUAUGUGGCAAGCUGCAUGGCAAAAUAUGCGAAAACAAAUAUGAAAGAAAAAAUAUGAAUAUCAAAGAAGAUGAUUUAUUUUUUCAUUUAUCAAAAAAAAACCUGUCACCUUCAUAGUUAUUGACACAAAUGUACUCUGGUACUCGCUGAGGUGUACUGGCUUUGAAAUAUAAAGGCUUAUUUAUAAUAAAUUUAUAAUAAUAAAGGCCUAUAGUUUGCACCCCGAGGGGUAGGGGCAUUGGACUGCAGUUUUGUCCUGAGCGGGUGGGGGCUUCUCUCUGUUUUGUACAGGGUCAAAGUCUAAUCCCCCACCCUUCCCCGGGGUGGGGGUUUCAAUUGACUAGUGCAUAAUGUUUACAGGGGUCACAUAACUUUAACUUUUUGUUGCUGUUUUCAGGGGUGAAAUCACGGGCUAUAGGAUAAUCUGACUCCGAAAUGAAGACUUAUGUCUUGUUAGUGUUGAAUAAGCACGUAUUUCUACUUUGACUGGAUGUAUUUGCCUUGGUUUCGCUCCACCUUGGUGGCGGCGGCGAUUACACAGCGCGUCGGUUAAACGUAGGGACAGAGCUCCCUGUAGGAGAGAAACCAAGGCAAAUCCAGUCGAAGUAGGAAUAUGUGCUUUAUUCGACACUAACAAGACAUUAGACCUCAUUUCGGAGUCAAAUUAUCCUAUAGCCCGUGGUGAAAAAAUAUCCUGAGCUCUAAAAAUAGCUAUGCAGUUCAGUUUUCGUGGUACAUCGUGUGGAUUCCCUGUGUAUCACAAAUCCUCCAUUCAUCCAUCCGGCGGUACAGAUUGCACUAAGCAAUCUAAUUGCUACUCUCACAAAAUUGCUUUCUUCUUAUUUUAAGGACGUGCAUCAAAUAAGAAACUAGGCUAAUCAGAAACCAGCUAUUAAUCAGAAGAAUCAAGUUAUGAAAUGCGUAGUGUUUAAUAUGAUGCUAAGAAAAGUAGGGAAAUCUUGGUUGCUUAUAAUGUAUGUUUUCAGAACUCUGCUUUGUAAAUAAACGCUAUCAGAGCCAUCUCAGACGUCUUUUUGAAAAAGUGAAACCAUUCUGUAUAGGGAAAUAAAGAAGCUUAGCUCAAGGCAGAAUGAAGGUAAUUUGUUUGUUUUCGUCGGAUAGCAGGUUUCGUUUUGCUUGAUGGCGCCAAAAAGCCAAACAAUGGUGAACAAAAUCACAAUAAUAAUUUAAAAAAAAACAGGAAGGGACGAAAUUCAAAUCCUUCGUUGAAGUACUUAAACAUUUCUACCGUCCACCACGAGUUGCACGAAGAGGUUUACUGACUUGACUAGCCCUGCCGAUGUCGUUUGUCGUAGUGACAGCCCUCCUGCUAUCAGCCACAAUUACCGUGUCUAAUGGCGGACCUUUCUCAGGUGACAGGGUCGUGCGAGUGAGGCCCGCGAACGACAACCAUGUGACACUGCUAUCUGGACUGGAAGAAUCUCAGCCCUUUAAUGUGGAUUUCUGGACAUUCCCAAGCAAUCCCGGAAAAACUGUGGACAUACACGUGGGUGCACGUGAUUUUUAUACCCUGAAGGCGUGGUUACAUAGUCAAGGAAUGGAAUUUACGUCCCGUGAUUUGCAGGGGAUUGCAUCGCAAGCAGUAAAUGCCCAAAAACAGCAGACAUUUGCCGACAGGCCUGGUAACCUUGCCUGGUUUAAAAAAUACCACCAACACGACGAGAUAAUCGCAGAAUUAAAGAGAAUUGCAAAGGGUGCAAAAAACAGAACACAGUUGCUAUCAAUCGGUAAUUCUUACGAGAAGAGAGAGCAACUCGUGAUACGGAUCAAUGGUACUAAUGGAAAAUACAAGGCUGAUAAACCUGUGUUCUUUGUCAAUUGCGGAAUCCACGCGCGCGAAUGGGUAUCUCCCGCGACAUGCAUGUACAUUAUACAUGAGUUGGUGUCGAAGUACGAAAAAGAUGCCAAAGUGACUUCAGUGUUGGACAAAAUGGACUUCAUUAUCCACCCCAUGGUUAACCCGGAUGGAUAUGUCUUCACUCACAAAAAUGAGUCAAAUCGGCUAUGGAGAAAGAGUCGUAAGCCAACAUCAAAGGCGGGCUGCAUCGGUGCUGAUCUCAACAGAAACUUUGGAUACCAAUGGGGAAAGCCUGGGUCCAGUGACAAACCCUGUAGCUUUAUCUACCGGGGCGAGGCACCAUACUCAGAGGUCGAGGUGAAAAACAUGGCGGCGUUUCUAUGGAAACUCGCCCCGAACCUGAAGGGUUACCUGGACAUCCAUUCGUAUGGACAGCUGUGGAUGUACCCUUGGGGCUACACGAACCAGUCAACCCAGGUGGAGAAGGAGAUGAUGCGUGUAGCCAAUAAAUCAGCAAUUGCGAUGAUAGCAGCCACUCCAGAUCACGCGGAAUACAAGACCGGCCAAUCAUCAAAGCUGUUAUAUCCGACAUCGGGUUCAACAAAGGACUUUACUUUCGGUAUGCUCAACGUGACGUAUUCAUACGUGGUGGAGCUGCGCGAUAAGAGGCCCGGAUAUGGUUUUCUACUCCCUCCUGAACAGAUUCUACCCACUGCACGUGAAAUGUUGGCUGGACUUCUUACAUGUGUGACUGAAAUAAGACUUUGAGACUUGAAUGUGUAUAUGCGACUUCAGAUGAAUGCGAACUAGACCACUGUAUGUUUUGAUGCCGUGCAAACAGCCAACAGCAUUGCAGCCAAGACGCUGCGGACGUGGCAUUCAUUUCCAAACAGCUGAAUUGGCGUCUUUUGCUAGUAGUUGUAGUACUCCUCAUAUGAUGUGUAUUAAAGGUUAAAAGGUUUAUCCAUCAACAAAAAAAACGCACCCUGUCAUAUUUAU